CAUAUACAUCAGCUGCGAAGAAAUUCCUAGCUGGUUUUUUUAUACUCUUCCACUUUUCCUCAGAUUGGAGGUUCCUUUUUUUUUUGUGACGCCUUCUAAUAGUGCGAAAUGAGUUCGCUAAGACAAAUUACAAGGAGCGCACCCCCGCCGGCCUUCCUGAGGGCGCCUUCGUUCGCUGCACACUCUUGUAAUAGAGCUCCAGCGUAUAAGCGGUUACUGUCGAGCGCCGACACCUUCAAAUCCGCAAGCAAUAAUGUAACACCACUCACCUCUUCUCGAUUACUUUUUUCGCCUCUUUCUCAGCUACAAUCGCCCUUCAUCCCCGAAACUAUAGCUACCUUACAGUCCCGUUCUUUCCACCAAACGUCGAAAUGGUCCCAGGGACAGGCGCAAGAAGCCCCGCAAUCCACAAAAUCAGACCCCAAGUCUGCAGAAUCUAAGGAAGAAGCCGAGCAGAAAGCUUCAGACGCCGAAUCGGAAGCAAAGGCCAACUCAGAAGAGAAGAAGGACGAACAGAAGGAGAAUGACAAAAAGGAGGAGAAAAAAGAAGAUCUGCCGCCGCCACCUCCCCACGGUGAUAAGACGCCAUGGCAAGUGUUCAUGGAAACAAUGCAAAGCGAGUUUAAGGCUUCGAAAGAAUGGAACGAGUCAACUAAGCAGCUAGCUGACUCGGCUCACUCCUUCACCGAAAGCGAAUCCGUCCGGCGCGCUAGACAGGCUUACGAAAGUACCACAGGUGCUGUUACAUCAACGGCAGGAAAAGUGCUAAAGACUUCGGCUACAGUGGUUGGAAAGGGUGCUGCGUGGACAUGGGAGACGCCGGUCAUGAAAGGCGUUCGGAAAGGUGCUAACAUAACUGGCGAUAUAUUGGACAAAGCAACCAAGCCGAUAAGAGAGACCGAGGCAUACAAGAAUGUCAAGGAUGUUAUCGACGACGGUAGUAGUUCAAGAUAUGGUGGCUGGGUCGAAAAGGAGGAGAGGAGAAAAGCCAGGGAACUACGAGAGAAGCAGGCUCGUUCCAUCCAUGGCAAAGCCGAAGAAAUGGUCGAAGAUCCCAAUGCCGGUACAAAUAUUACACUGCAUAAAGAUGCAGCUUGGAAGGAGGCGUGGCGAGAUUUCCGAGACCAGAAUAAGUUUGUUCAAGGACUUUUCAACAUGAAGAGCGUCUACAACGAAUCUGAAAACCCCCUAAUAUCAACGGCGCGGAGCAUCACUGAUCGUGUCGCUGGAUUCUUUGCGGAGAACGAAACAGCUAUGGUCAUUCGAAAAUUCCGUUCUAUGGACCCUAAUUUCCAGAUCGAGCCGUUCCUUCAGGAGUUGAGAGAGUACAUCUUACCUGAGGUGCUCGAUGCUUACGUCAAAGGUGAUACCGAGACGCUGAAGAUUUGGCUCUCGGCUGCCCAGUAUUCAGUGUACGAAGCUUUGACCAAGCAGUACCUCCAAGCUGGCUUGAAAUCAGAUGGUCGGAUUCUUGAUAUCAGGCAUGUCGAUAUCCUAAAGGCCCGUAUGCUCGAGCCGGGUGAGAUACCUGUCUUUAUCAUUACCUGCCGGACACAGGAGGUCCACGUCUAUCGAAACGCCAAGACGAAUGAGCUUGCUGCAGGCAUGGAAGACAAGGUACAACUCGUUACCUAUGCGAUUGGCAUUACCAGGACACCCGAGGAUGUCAACAACCCAGAGACCAGGGGCUGGAGAUUGAUUGAAAUGCAAAAGAGCGGAAGGGACUACAUAUAAAACCAUAUAU